AUGUCAACAUCAAACGAAAAGCAAGAGGUCUGGGUCUCUCAGUCUGAAGACCGCAUUGAUGUUGAGGAGGCCGACAAAGUCGUUGGGACGGCGGUCACCUUUGCUGACCCAUAUUCACAUCUGGAUGAGAAGGCCAUCUUACGAAAGGCACGACAAUCCCAUGUCUUAUUCCAAUGCUCGCCCUUCUUUAUCUCCUUUCAUUCCUUGACCUACAACUGGUGUCUGACCGCUUUCUUCUUCCCUUACGCAUUUUUCGAAGUCCCUAGCAACCUUAUGCUCAAGAAAGUCCGCCUUUCCAUCUGGCUUCCCACCAUCAUGGUAGCCUGGGGCAUCGUUAUGACACUAAUGGGCAUUGUCCAAAACUACGCCGGUUUGCUGUCAGCCCGCAUCUUCCUUGGUGUUACCGAGGCUGGUCUCUUUCCUGGUGUUGCAUAUUAUUUGACAAACUGGUACCGACGUGACGAGAUCCAGCUUCGCCAAGCCAUGUUCUUCAGUGCUGCUUCAGUCGCCGGUGCUUUUAGUGGAUUGCUAACAUUUGGAAUUGGAAAAAUGGAUGGAAUUGCUGGUUUGCAUGGUUGGCAGUGGAUUUUCAUCCUUGAGGGUGGUGCAACCGUUAUUGUUGCCAUUUUGGCCUUCUUCACACUCUACGACUUCCCUGAAACUGCGAGCUUUUUGACAGAAGAAGAACGAGUAUUUGUCGUUCACCGCUUGAAGUAUCAGGGGCAAAGCCACGAUGCCGCCUACGCCCAGGUUGCCCAAGCUGAAGAGUUUAGGUGGAAGUAUGUCUGGCAGGCCUUCACGGACUGGCAGGUUUGGCUCAGCAUUAUGGUCUUCUGGGGGGUUGUUUGCCCGAUAUACGGCAUCAGCCUGUUCCUUCCAACCAUCAUCCGGGAGCUGGGCUACCAAAGCAGUCAGGCACAGCUCAUGACUGUUCCGAUCUACAUCACCGCCGCAAUCCUUGCCGUGUUCAUUGCCUACUGUUCGGAUAAGUCUGGCAGGAGGAGCCCGUUCAUCAUCGGUCCGCUUCUGAUUAUGGCUGCAGGUUUCUCUGUGUGUCUUGCUACUGAUCCAACAAAGCAUCCAAAGGCUGUUUACGCAGGAGUGUAUGUCGCUGUCUGCGCCACGUAUCCGGCCUUCCCCGGUGUAGUCACUUGGCUAUCCAACAACCUUUCUGGGUCACUAAAGCGCUCAGCUGGCAUGGCAUUGCAAAUCGGUAUUGGUAAUCUUGGUGGCGCUAUGGCCUCAAACUUUUACCGCGCAAAAGAUGCACCUCGUUUCAUGCUCGGACACGGCUUGGAGCUUGCUUUCAUCGGUCUUGGAUUGUUGGCAAGUACUGCGCUUCUGGUUGGAUACACGGUUGAAAACAAGAAGCGGGAGAAGAGGAUUCAGCGAGGCGCCCUGGAAGCAUAUUCGCCUGAGGAGCUGUCGUCGAUGGGUGAUAGAGCUGUCACUUUCCGCUACAAGUAUUAG